AUGGUCUCUAGACUCGUCUUCUGGACCGGCUUCGGCCUGGCGACGCGCUUCUGGCAGCUCGGCAUCGAGAUGCGCCCAUUUUUCCACAGAAAGACCCUCUGGGCCUACCCCGUCUUCGGCGCCGUCGGUGCGAGCUUUGGAUACUGGCUGGAGGGUGUGGAUCAGAGACAGACACAGCUCCUGGAAGAGCGCAAGAACGCCAUUCUGGAGAAGAGAGCGAGGAGGGCAGAGAGGGAGGCUGCGGCUGCUGCUGCCAGCCCUUCGGUUAUCCAGGCUUAA